CUUAGCCGCAGACUUCACUGUCCUUGCCUAGUUUCUUGCGGAGGCCCAAUGUCUGGAAAAAACCCUCAAGAGUGCACCAAGCCGGUGGUAACCAAGGCUAACCUGGGCCCGGAGAAGACGAGCGACUAUUACCGUGUGAGCGAACAGCUCCCAGACAGGUUCAACAAUCCGGGGUGUUUUCGUGGCUACAGGACGGACAAAACUCCCUCCAUGUACCAGACCAGUAACCAGACUUAUGGAAGCCGAGCACCCACAGUGCAUGAGAUGCCGAAAGUAUAUUAUCCACAUACAAGUGAGUUCUCCAGACAAUUUUUAACUUCUGGAAUGUUCCGGAGAAACAAUAUUAACGUCAGCCUGGAGAAGAGCAUAGUGACAGGCCCUGACAAUUACAUCACCCAUUGUGACCGCCUUAACUUUCACCCCAGUUACAAUGUCAACAGGCCAUCCAUCUGCGACUAAGGGAGCGAGAUGCCUGUCCCAGGGGACUCUCCUGACUCAGUGCUGCUGUAGGGAUCAUGGCGGCCACGAUCCUUGACAAGUGCCCAGUUGUGAAGGCAUGGAUCUCACUGCCUUUUCAGAAAAUACUUUUCCUCUCCGGAGGAGAAAAAUAUUCAAAUAGGGUCAUAACGUCUUGCGUUCCGUGUUGCACACAGGAGAGAUGCUAAUGGCUAGAUUUUCUAUUAAAAAGAUGCC